AAUUAUACGGACGACGGGAAAUCAAGCUCUCCUCUCUUCGCAAAAUUUCGCAUUGCAUCAACCUCUAGAUUCCAACACAACCGCAGCGAUCUCGAUCCAGAUCCAGUGCUUCUUUUGGUUCGCCAUUGAGAUUCGAGUUAGAUUGUCGGUUGUUCCUGCAAAAUCAGGCUCAAUUUGGCGGUUUAGGUUCUAGAUCUCGAUCCGAUCACCACCCGUUGGUUAAAUAUUAAAAUGCCUGUGAAACCUGCACAAUCUUCAUUUCGGGAUAGGACGCAAGAAUUCAGGAGCAUAGCAGAUAGGGUAAAGAAGUCGUUUUCAUCAGGACCAGGGCAAAAUGGGCCAAGUAGCAGCAGUUCCAAAGCUGAGGAACAGCGAUCUGCGAUUGCACAUCAAUCAGAGUUUAACAGGAGGGCGUCUAAGAUUGGGUUUGGAAUUCAUCAGACCUCACAGAAGCUUGCAAAGUUAGCAAAAUUGGCAAAGAGAACUUCAGUUUUUGAUGAUCCCACCAUGGAAAUACAGGAGCUUACGGCAGUCAUCAAGCAGGAUAUCACUGCACUUAACUCUGUAGUAGUGGACCUUCAAUUCUUUUGCAGUGCCAGGAAUGAAAGUGGUGUCUCGAGCGAUACUACUAGUCACUCAACCACAGUUGUAGAUGACCUGAAGAAUCGAUUGAUGAGUGCCACGAAAGAGUUCAAAGAAGUCCUCACCAUGAGAACAGAGAAUCUGAAGGUUCAUGAGAAUAGAAGACAGUUGUUUUCUUCCACUGCUUCAAAGGAUUCUGCAAAUCCUUUUAUUCGUCAGCGUCCUCUUGCUGCCAAAUCAGACUCUGGUGCCCCAAGUAACCCCCCUCCAUGGGCUAAUGGGUCAUCGUCUUCAUCUCAGUUGUUUCCCAGAAAGCAGAUGGAAGGGGAUAGCCAACCAUUGCUGCAGCAGCAACAGCAACAGCAACUGGUUCCAUUGCAAGACACUUAUAUGCAAAGCAGAGCUGAAGCUCUUCAAAAUGUAGAGUCCACUAUCCAUGAGCUUGGCAGCAUCUUCAACCAAUUGGCAACAUUGGUUUCCCAGCAAGGAGAGAUUGCUAUCAGGAUUGAUGAGAACAUGGAUGACACCUUAGCAAAUGUUGAGGGAGCACAAGGGGCUUUGCUCAAAUACCUAAACAGUAUAUCAUCUAAUAGGUGGUUGAUGAUCAAGAUAUUUUUUGUAUUGAUUUUUUUCCUUAUGGUUUUCCUAUUUUUUGUGGCGUAGUCAAUGAAGAACAGACAGCUAAUGGAAAAAGAAAGAAAAUGAUAUCAUUCCCUUUUCUUAUUGUUCUAUUCUUUUUGUUUCUCCUUUUGCUUUAACAAUUUCAUUCCAGUGAGGUAUGAUCAGAUUCAGGGUUAGGAUCUUAUAUUACGUAAAUCUGUACAAGGUGUUGGAAACAAUGAGAAGUGAAGGAAAUGUUCCUUUAUCAAGAAUUUUC